AUGAUCAUGACGAGAUCUGGAAUCACCGAGGACCAGGACCGAAUUUUGCAAACAUCAAAAGACUACCAGAUUCUCACAAACUUUGUAAAUCGGUCUUCAAGAAUCUCCCUCGCCUUGUGGUCAAAUCUAACGUUUGACUCAGGUUUGAUCAUCCAGGAUGACACAGUACAAGAUGACGACUAUGGUCAGGCUUUUCUGCCUCUCUCGAAGAUUAGUUUCAAACUAUAUCAGCUCGAAUUUAUACGGCACGAGUACCAAGAGUACUUGUCACGAGAGGCUAUCAGGAAGCACUUUGAAGAUAGCAGGGAAAGGAGACUGCAAAUCGCACGAGGAAAUGAACCAAAGCAGAUGAUACAGCCGAUGCGGCCGCGAACCGAUUUCGCUGUUGACGCUCAUCAACUAUUCAUUGAGAAGACAAAGAGUUACUCCGAAUCGAUCCUUGACCUUUAUGUGAAAUCAAAGAUGUUUGCGAGCUUUGAUGACAUGGAUUCAUUUUUAGCCGAAGGAAAGAUCUGCAUCGAUAGUCCGGCUGAGCCGCAAAGAGAAGGCAAUCUACUCGUUCGUAUACGCGCGCUUGAGGGCUUAACUACCAUGGAUAGAGUGCUCGUUGCUACUCGAUCUUAUGCCAACUUCCAAAAGUACUCAUUCGGAGACGAAUUGGCGCGUUCGAUUCGUUACAUCAAUCUGGAACUUGAUGAAGAUGUGAUAUUGGAUUGUGGAAAAGUUUCAAGUGAGAGUACUGUCGAGUUGAUCUUUUACGAUGAAAAUGGAGAUGAAACAGACAAAUACCCCGUUGGUUCUCUCUGGCUCCCUGUCAUUGAUGUUCUCAACUAUAAUAUCAACGAUUCUGGCAACCCUCAGCAGCAUACCUCUACAAACGUUGAUUCUUGGUUCGCGAUAACCCCUGCAGGGAGAGUUAAUCUGAUAAUUGAUUAUGGUAAGACAGCAUGGAACAGCGAACAUUAA